ACGGUGGUGAUAAAAAGAGAGAAAAGUCAAAAAACCUAAUUAUCUCAAAUCGCAGAGGUUCUCUAUCUCUCUUGUUUCUCAAGCGUCCGAUCAAAUCUCUCCCUUCUCCCGAUCUCUCUUCCCAGCAUCCUUUCCUUCAUCCUCCAAUCAACACCUCUCUAUUUCACUCCCGCCCUUUUUUCGAAUUCUUCUUCUGAUGGCGGAGUCGCAGGCCAAGAGUCCCGGAGGCGGUGAGAGCGGCGGAGACCAGAGCCCCAGGUCGUCGUCGCACGUCCGCGAGCAAGACAGGUUUCUUCCGAUUGCGAACAUAAGCCGAAUCAUGAAAAGAGGGCUGCCUGCUAAUGGUAAGAUCGCUAAGGACGCCAAGGAGAUUGUCCAGGAGUGCGUCUCCGAGUUCAUCAGCUUCAUCACCAGCGAAGCGAGUGAUAAGUGCCAAAGAGAGAAGCGGAAGACCAUUAAUGGAGAUGAUUUGCUUUGGGCUAUGGCCACUUUAGGUUUUGAAGACUACAUCGAUCCCCUCAAGGUUUACCUCACUCGAUAUAGAGAGAUGGAGGGUGACACAAAGGGAUCAGCAAAAGGUGGGGAUGCAAAUGCAAAGAAAGAUGGCCAAUCAAGCCAAAAUGGCCAGUUCUCGCAGCUUGCUCACCAAGGCUCUUUCCCGCAAGGUCCUUACGGCAGCUCUCAAGGUCAGCAUAUGAUGGUUCCAAUGCCGGGCACAGACUAGUAUGAUGGUGUUCCCACGCGGCUCGUCUGUAUAUUAUUGUGUGUUGUUGUUGUUGUAAAAGGAUGCGUUUUUGCUAUGCAUAACUGUAACAAUAAUCAUCUCAUUGUUUGUUUGUUUUUUCCUUUGGAUUUGUUCUGAACAAGUCAAGGUAUUCUUAUUUAUAUUUGGUUUGUGGAUCAUGCA